UUGUAUCAAAGGAGCAAAGCAAUCCUGCCCCCAGCCAGGGCGCUAAGCUGAUCCAACAACUUAUGAAACAGAAUGUAUCUUUUCUAAAAAUAAAAAUAAGUACUUCAAAGGGCAGAGGUGACGUGCUGGUUGUGCAUGAUGCUCUGUGUCAGAGAUACAGAUGUGAAAUGCUGCAAAGACAAGAACAAUGGGCUGGGAGCCGUCCUCAGCAAAGGUGCUGUGCCUCGUGCCAGAGCUGCUCCUCUUUGGGUACAGAAGUGAGGAGGACAAAAAAAAAAAGUUGUGCAGAAGAAUGUGUAAGCAAUUGUCCACCCUGAGUACUCUGCAAAAGCAAACCUUGUAUGUCCAGGAAUGUUGGCAUUGUCCAGGACGUUUGUACUUGCCCAGGGGUAAUAGCAAAUGCUAGCUUCACAGCAACAUUAAUUGCAUAAAUGACUCACAGAAAACAAUAAAUGCAGGACUCAGUCAAGAUGGACAUUUCAUGUCCACAGGAAGCCAAAUUUAAGAGGAAACGUCUAUGAGGUUAAAACAGACUUUUUCACAAAUCCGAACAUCGCAUUUGCUGUGGGUAGUGCAGUGUUAGAGAGAGAUGAAAUGGUAAAGCUGGACGGAAACUGGCACACCAGCAGUUUGAGUGGAGCAGCCUAAGAGGUGGCAAAUGACUUCAAAUUACAAGGGACUGGUGAGCUGUGGCAUCCUUAAUGCUGAAGUUUUGAUUAAACAAAUAUACCCACUUCCAUCAGAUACUUUCCUUGAACAGUAUUAGCAGAACAAAAAAGACUUCACACCCAUGACAGCGCAGCAAUUAGUGAGGACUUUGGCCAAAUCUAUUUAGCAAACAAAGGGGACAUGAAUCAAUAUCUCGCAAGAUGCAACCAGAUGAGUUGGUAGAAAAAUUUAAUUUUGAAGUCAAAUUUCAAAUCACAAGAGUUAAUAUAGGAAAGAAGUACAUCCUUUAGCCAGAUAAGCCUCAUCAAAUUCUUGGUCUCAGAAGAGAACAAAAAGAAGCGUACGUGCUGCAGCAGGGAUUAGCUGCCCAGAACUGUUCUCUGUUGUGCAGGAAUGCUUAAGGACAACCUCAGGCUGCUGUGGGAGAGCAGAGCCUCUCAAAUUAUCUCAGAAAGGGCAAUGUGGUAUUGCACAGGCCUCAAAUAUUGGAUGCAAAUCGGUCUCAAUUACUCCUGAAGAUAAACAUGCUCUCCUAGACUGUCUGUCUUGGGGUUUGCAGUCAUGUGUACUUUCCCUGGAAAGCUGGAGCAAUAACAAAGACAGUGUUUGUCAGCUUUAAUAAAGUAAAGUGCUCCUUGGAGCUGACUGUGGAACUGCUUGGCCUGUGUGCCUUUCUGGGAUACCAGUCUCUCUCUACUGUCAGUGAAAAGCCAGAAAUCACAUGUAAAGACAGCACAGCUAUCAAAGAUCACCAUGUUUGGAUGCAUUUACCAGAUGUUGCUGAAGCAUUGUGCAUAAAUUUUUAUGCCAUCUACAUAUUCCAAAAAAAAACCAAAACAAAAAACCCAAAGACAGUAAGUGAUAAAGGCUGCUAUCGGCUGUUCUGUGCUGGAACAGAUUUGACAGCAGCCAAAUUAACUCCAGCUAUGCAGAGCAUAUUCCUGCAUCAACAGCAUUCCAAAUGUCAACCCGGGAUUUGGGAAAAAAAAAUACUUGCACAUGAAGGUACUUAACCAGCCCUACAGAUCCAAAGGGAGUUUGGACAGGAAUGAGUGGAUGAACCAUCAGCACCCAAAGUUAUUGUGGAACUACUUCUGCUAAAUCAAAGAUGGCAACAGGAAAAAAAGGUGUUUUGUGAAGCAACAAGGUGGGAAAUGCUUGCCCCUCAUUUCACCUUUGGCAGGCUCAUGAAUGAUGCAUGCAGGAUAACGUCAUGUUCUCAGGAGAGCAAGGAGCUGUGUCAGCUUCCUCUGGCCACUCCUCGUAAUCUUUGGCCCCUGCUUGCCAGCAUUCCUCUGUUCCACUCCUGGCCUUUCCUGAGCUGAAGGGAUUCCUCACCUCAGAAUGUGAAACGGAUUUUCAUACAUUGUCAGGUUGGCAAGAUCAAACAUGGUCCAAGCUACACACCCCAGCAUGUGUUCAACACUGGGAGGUGGCCUGAAGCUGAUUCUCCAGACCACAAGUCUUUGGGUUAACUGAGCUGAAACUUGAAUUCCACAUCUGUAGGAGCAUCUAAUGAAAAAUUUAAAUGGGUCUCUGAUCAAAUUAAAGCCAGAAGCUCUCAGGAGCAGGAUCACUCUCAUUCUCUCAUCCUCCUUCCUCUUGCUGACAAUUCUCAGUCCACAAAGCAUCAGCAGUGUCAGUGCCUCAGCCAUGUGACAUGGGCGCUAUCAGCCCAUCUAGGAGUGAUUUAGAAAAGAGGCAAACACAAGUUUCUGUGCUGAGGAAACACAACUCUUUCAAUCUGACAAAAAUGAAGCAUUUCAUCCAGCCACCCACAGAAGGAAGUGACUUCAUGGAGCUGACUGCUUAGCUGCUGCCCUGAUAGAUGUCAAUCUCUUUUGUUACUUUCCAGCAGGUCAGAAAAACAUUUUUCUUUUUGGUUCACAGAUACCUUGAAAGAACUCAUACUCUGAGUUUAAGGUGUAUUUUCCAAAAACCAUUUCAUAUAAAGCUUUUGGCCCAUUCAGUCUCUAGCCUGGAAGUACAGAGAGAGAGUGCUGCUCCCACUGGUAAAUCACUGAGCAAACUCCAGCUGGAGACUGGAGUCCUUCUCUCAUUCCUCUGCUGGACGAAGCAUUCUGCAGUGUGUGUUCCCUGCCAGGUGGGGCUGCUCCAAAGACAGGGCAGGUUUUGUGCUGGUUUUUAAGCUAUACAUUGUAUAUAGGAGAUGCUUUAUACACAUGACAGUAAAUCUGUUUUCAGUCCCUAGCUAUGCUUCCCGGUGUGCUGUGAAGAUGUUCCUGGCAGGGCUGAUCUCAACCAUGUGUCAAAAAUUUCCUUGAUACUCACUGAGCUCCAGCUACCAAAACUCUUUGUCCUCUGAACACAUACAGGAUGUGGCCUAUGGCAGUAUCUUUCAUUCUUUGCCUUCUUUCCAGGAAAGCUCUUGCAGAAGGUGGAUCAGCUCGGACGUCACUUCUUAUUUUAGUGUCCAUCUUCUUAUCAGCUGCUUUCCUUAUGUUCCUGGUAUAUAAAAAUUUCCCACAACUUAGUGAAGAAGAAAGAGAAUGUAUAAAGGUUCCUAGAGAUAUGGAUGAUGCAAAGGCCUUGGGAAAAGUCUUGUCCAAAUACAAGGACACAUUUUACGUUCAAGUGUUAGUGGCUUAUUUUGCCACAUACGUUUUCUUGCAAACAUUUGCUAUUCCUGGGUCUAUAUUCCUCAGUAUCCUGUCAGGGUUUCUUUAUCCCUUUCCAUUGGCCUUAUUUCUUGUUUGUUUGUGCUCAGGACUUGGAGCUUCAUUCUGCUAUAUGCUGUCAUACCUAGUGGGGCGUCCCGUUGUGUACAGAUAUUUAACAGAAAAAGCAGUGAAAUGGUCAGAACAGGUUGAACGACAUAGAGAACAUCUCAUUAACUACAUAAUAUUUUUGAGAAUAACACCUUUCCUCCCCAACUGGUUUAUCAAUAUCACAUCUCCUGUAAUCAACGUGCCAUUGAAAGUGUUUUUCAUUGGCACUUUUCUAGGUGUAGCACCACCGUCUUUUGUAGCCAUUAAGGCAGGAACAACGCUGUACCAGCUUACAACAGCAGGGGAAGCUGUUUCCUGGAACUCUGUUUUUGUCCUCAUGAUUCUAGCCAUCCUCUCCAUCCUACCAGCUCUCUUCCAGAAGAAGCUGAAAAAGAAGUUUGAGUAAGGAUCAAACUGGACCAGAAUUUCCCAUACUUCAUCUCAGGAUCAGCACUUCUGAUAUUUGUAUAUUUGCUUUUCUAUUGGAUCUUAAGCAAUUAUAGGGGAGGCUUGUGAUUGACAAGAAUGUCUUUAAAUGAACACAUGGCCUUAAACUGAAGGAAAUGUGUUCAGAAAUGUACUGCAUAUAGUUUUGUAACCAAACAGCAGUGUUUUACUUUGGGAUGGUGUGUGUGUGGCCCUCAGGAUGAGGGAGGUGAGAACACAGAUGUAACAUUUUGCUCUAGUUACAUGCAGAGCAAAAAUUGUGAUGUAGACAUAAACUACAGGUGAUGCUCUCUAACACUUGCAGGAAAACCUCCUGAACAAUUCAGUCCAACUUUGUAACAUUCUCUGUAGGCUUGCACGUGAUCUGGUCUGAGAGCAUUUCUCACUAAUAAUAUUUCCCUUCCUUUUUGCCUUGGGGAGUUUCAAAAUAAUGCAACGGUGCUCACUGAGAAACAAGGGUUCUUUGCAGUACUUUAACUACAAUGUUAUUCUCAUCCUGGUUGUUUACUUCUAUUUAUUAGUGCUGUAUGGAAUUAAAUACUUGAACCUACAUCUGCUUUACUUACUGGAUUAACAAAGGCAAAGUGUCACUUUGUUCCCUCUUGGUCCCUGCAAAGUUUUAUUCUGGGAGCAGAUACAGGAAGGGAGGGAGCAGCUUAGAAUUCUUAUCUUGGCUGGCUGAUGAUUUUUAAGUUCUAAUUUUCAUUUUUUAAUGUUGAUUAUUUUGUCAAUAUUUCACUUGCAUAGAUUUAUCUUGCCAACUUAAGAAAGUGACGGUGUGAUUAUAUAAAAUUUGCAGUUUUCAAGUGAUUUAAAAACGCUUAAGCAGUGUAAUAUUACCAUUUCUCAAGCAAUAUGUAAAGAGUAUAAAUUUUCUGAUUGCAGCUUGAUUAGCUGAAAGAAAUGUCAGGUACACAAACUGGUGCAGUUCCUGUCAAACAGCUGGUCCCAAAUAAUGUUCAGAGCACCGUGGAACAGCAGGCUCUUGUGUCGGUGUAUAUAAAAAUGGGGGCAGUGGCCAGCCAUGACCCACCUUCAGGAGCAGUCUGUGCAUUCUCUCAGGAAGGUACAAGGUACCUUCCCUGUGCUUGUUUGUUGUGUUGUCAGUGGAGCCCCAUCAAACAAGGCCCUGGGCAGCGAGGAGCUGAGGAGCACGUGGCUGUUUCAUCUGACUGGAACCAGUGCUGCUCAUGUGCUUUAAGCUGAUGCCCCUGCAGUGUCUGGCUGGAAAGGGACUCAACACAUCAGCAUGUGCUCCAGUCCAGGGUUUAUUUGUCUGUGUCCUCUGUUAGCUCGUGGUCAUAUCAUAGAUCUUCAGGAUGUAAGAGAACAGUUCAUCAAUGUGAUAAUGUAAAAGGUACUGACUGGUACCUUGAAAGGGUUUAUUCAUUUUUGUAACAUAAUGUUAAUUGACUGCUUCGUUUCAUCACAGUAUUACUUGUAAAUAUAUAGUAAAUAUUAUUGAUACACCAUUUGUCUUUUAUUUAAGUCCAGGCUGCACAGUAAAUGCUAUUUUUUACAUAAGUAUAUAAAGGAAUUUAUAUCCGUUCUGUUUGCAAGUUUAUUGUAAGAUCAUUCAGCUCCAGCAAUUCUUUUGUUAUUUAGAAUUUACUCUAAAAGUGUACUUUGGCAUUUAAAACUGAACAAUGAUUCCUUUUAUUGCUGCCAUUCUAAUCUCCAGAGCUCCUCUACCCAGGGGAUUUAUUCCAUAGCAAACCUGGAUGUGAAUUGAGCCGUGUGAGCAAGUGUCCCCGGACUGCUGAGUAUGAAGCUGCUGUGGAUUUACAGCCUGCUUUUCUGCAGAGUUAACUUCUCGUGCAGAUGAACUCAGAAUAAAUUACCUACCACUUAUUUUACAGUGGCUUUUCUCAAAAGCUGUCUCAAUUCCUGGUCAGUUGCAGCAGCUGCUGUAACGUCCCUCCCAUGCCAAUGUUUUGGUGGAACCUUGUCACUAAAGAAGGAGCUGAACUCUCUUUCAGUCUAACGUGACUCUUGCUAUCACUUGACAUUUUCACUGGUCCUGUUUCUCUAUGGAGAUGGGAUCAGGAUUUGUUACUGAAGACCUGUUGUGUUUCAGCCACGAGACUGGCCUCUCAUCACAAUAACUAAAAGCCUUAAGACCUUAAAAAGGUUCAAAAUAGGGUUCUUUUUCAAAACCUUAGCAUUUUUAACCCAUCCCUUCUGUAUUUAUCUUCAGCUGCCAGCAGCCUGAGGUGCUUCCCUAUCCCAUGAGGACUUCUCAGUGUUGUGCAGAGUAAGGCAGGCCUUGUGGAAAGCAAAAAAGCACUGUGCUGUGGGGUACUGUACUAGCCUCCUCUUUCCUUUAGGGAAUCCAGCAAGUGAUCCAAGAGAUAGCCAUAACAUUUUGACAGAAAAACAGUGGCUACCAUGAAACAAACCAGGACAUCAGAAAGAUGUAGCUUUGUUUUUUAAUUGCAAGGGAUUUUUGAGCUGUUAGGUGACCUGUUUAUCUUUUGGAAGUUUUUUUGUGAUACCUGCAUGACAUCAUUACUAAGUGUCUCUUGCCAUUUGAUAAUAAAGCUGUUAUAUAAAAUCUGAAA